GGCAACCCAAAAGUGUUAGAUUCACAGUAAAGUGAUCUAAAAACUUUCGACAAAGUCCAUGUCCUAAUAAUAAUUCCGCCUGAAAUCACUAUACCGGCAUACAUAAAACAAGCAUUAGCGUUACAUGCACUAAAGUAAUAAAAUUACGUGUUACGUGGAUAUUUUGGAAAGGUAAUUUCGAAGUAAGAUAAUGGAUACAAUGGCGGAUUCAACGAAAGCUUUCGCGGAGACACGUUUGAGGACAACACGAGAGGCGGAAUUGUUGCAAAGUUUCGUGAGGAUUACCGUUGAUGAUCACGAUAUCAAGUUGGAGGAGAAAGAAGCUGACAAGGAGGACGUUAAGAAAGUUGAAGAACCAUCCACAGAAGCUAAGGGCAAGCAAACGAUUCCAUUAGAAACGUCUAAGAGGCUGUCCAGAGAGCUGCAAGAUGACGCCAAGAAGAAGAAGAAGAAGCGGAGAAGAAGAUUCGGCCCGAAAUACGAAGAAGUUUACUGCGACAAAGAUCGUGCUGCAGCUGUUGAUUUGGGAACCAAGGACAUCAAGCAGUCCCUGCGUAUAAAGAGGAAGGAGGACAGAUCCAAGAUGUUGCAGAUUCCAGACGAAGCAGAACCUGGGAAUUUUCUAGCACUGGGCAACUAUGAGAUGUGUAGAGGCGACCUACGGAACGCCAUUGUGUUUAUAUCGAAGGCUUUGGAACUCAACCCAACCGAAAAGAACGCUCUUGUAGCCAGAAGCAAGUGUUAUAUUUUGUUGGGACAACCUAAGAACGCUCUACAAGACGCCGAACUGGCUCUACAAAUCGAUAAGAAUUUCAUCAAAGCCAUUUACCAGAAAGCCGAAGCACUCUACUAUCUGGGAGAUUUCGAGUUGAGUCUGAUGUACUGUCAUAGGGGCUUACAUGUUAGACCUGAUCAUGAAGGAUUCAAGUUAGGGGUACAUAAAGCUCAAAAAGCGAUCGAAAAUGCAAUCGGAAGUAUUUCGACGACGAAGAAAAACAAACGCAAAGAACAGGGACCUGCAGUUGGAAAAGUGACAGGAGGAGAUGAUAAUAUUCAAAGUCCUGCAUCAAAAACUAGCAAUAAGACUACUCCUUCAGGAUCAUCUCGUUCGAAGUCUUCAAGGAAAAGCAGACUUCUGAGAGAAUUGGAGACUGAUAAAGAAUACUUGGAUAAAUUGAUGAAUAAUCCCAAUAUCAGGUGCAAAUUCACAGAGAACAACGAUACGAUAGAGACGUGUAUAAAGGAAACAGUGGAAUACUUGAAUGAGAGGCAGGAGUUUUGGAGACAGCAGUUGCCAGCACAUCUGAAAUGAACCUAUAUUCGAAAAAGCUUGAGAUUUGAGAAUUACUUUACUAGUAUAUUAGUCGUCGAAACGUGCUUCACUAGAUAUAGUCAAAAUAAAAUAAUUGCAAUUAAUUCUGAAAUGUUUCAAUAAACUAUGUAAGAAUCAUUGUAUUUCUGAACUAACC